AUGGCGGCCACUGCGGCACGUCCAAAGCGUGUGUCACGAAAAGCCAGACAGGAGCGUGCGGUCUCCCGGUCGGAGCUGCAGGAUGCCAUGUCGAAAUUGGAUGAGGAAUUAGCGAGGUGCAGGGCCGAGGUAGUGGUGAAGGUGUUGGAGGCCGUGUUGAACAGCGUAACGUCAGGCCAUGUGCGGGACAAUAUAUUCGGGAUGACAUGGCAGGCUCUUGCGGAAGCCUGGCUGGAUAUGGGUGACUAUCUGAAACGUCGCGUAAAUGAAGCGAUGACGACGGGGGAAGGCAACAACUCGGCCCUCCUGCCUACGAUCGCAGCCGUCCUUCCACCGCUUACCAAUCCUCCUCCUCCUCCUCCUCCAGGGUCCCAGGGCGACGAGAAGAGUGGGCCGUGCACGGGGGCCAACAAAGACGCUCCGGAAGAGGUAGAGCCGCCCGCGGAAGGCCAACGCGCGAACGACCCGGGGACGGUGCGGGCGGAGGGGGCGGUGCAGGCGGAGGGGGCGGUGCAGGCGGAGGGGGCGGUGCGGGCGGAGGGGUUGGCUGCCAGCCGCCCUCGUCCACAGAACAUCCCUGCCGAGCACGCCGAUCCCAAUUCCGCGCUGUCCCCAGCUGCCGCGUCCCCAGCGGGAAGGGCAUGUUACCCGAAGCGGCGGGCAUCUGCAAGCGAAGCGAUCGCAUCAACGGACUGCAAGCGCCCACGGGCCGACGGGGAGUUGCCGAAAGCGUCCGUGACUUUGAACGGAGCGCAGCAGCUGCAACGCGAACGGAGCGCGCAGGUUGACGCAACACGGGACGUGCGCGGGAUCGAAGGCCCCGGCGCGGAAGCAGGGGUCGGCGGAGGCGGCGGAGCAGUAAGGCACGCAGAGAACAAGGGUGCGGCUGACGAGGGUCCUCGCCGGGCCGACGAGAAGGGCAGGCUGCGCACGGUGGUCGACAAACAGGUGGUCACCGAGGUGGACACGGCGAGUGGUCAACGCGCAAACAACGCUGGGACGGCGCGAGCGGGUGGAGCAGAGGAACGUGCUGUCGACAGGGACUUGCAGAUCAAGUCGAGCACCAAGGCCGCGUGGGAACCAGAGUGGAAACAAGCGCGCCACAUCCCUCCCGGCCUGUGGGCGGUCACGCACGGCCACGCGCUCACGCACACUGUGCGUAGGUACCGCAUGAUUUUGAAGCUUCUCAAUGGUUCGAAGGGCGACGAGGAGAGCAGGGUGCUGGCCAUCUGCACGGCCAUUGGGACUGUCGCCGCCGCAGUCGAGAAACGAGGCGCAGCCACCGACAUUUACGCAUCCGCGCUGGCGGCAUCAUGCGCGGCGGUGUGGAGCAUCUGGCGUGGAGACGCCGGCUCCGCAGAGCCGCGCGCUGUUGCCGCGGCCGGGGUCGUCGGUGCAGCGCGUGGGUGGGAGGUGCUCUGCGGGCUGGUGAUUAGCUGGGUCUUGACCACUUUGGGUGACGGAUCUAGCAAGCUCGGCGGGGCGACCGAGUCGAAUCCGGAUGGGCACGGUGCGUGGGUGAUCGAGCAAGCGCUGGGCGGCGUAGGCGUGGCGACAAACCAGGAUUCCAAGGUGGUGGCGGAAGAGAUGAUCGACAUGCUCGGCCUGUGGUCGGCUUGCCCUGUCGCUGCAGGUCCUUUGAGGGAGCUCGACUUCUACAUGCCCCUGACUGCAGAGUUGAAACGCGAGCGCGAAUUGCGGAUGAGAGUUCCAGGACUCGAAUGA